AUGACUUUUUAUCAUCAAAUCGCUAAAAAAUGGUUAAAUAAUAACGAAACUACACUUACUGUGGCAGCAGGUAAUGGUGCAGCGGGGUCGACUCCAUAUCAACUUUAUUAUCCUGCUGGACUCUAUGUUGACGUUAAUUUUAAUUUGUAUGUGGGAGAUUGUGGCAAUGACAGAAUUCAAAUGUUUCCAUUAGGACAAGUAAAUGGAAUUACAAUAGCGGGGAACGGAGCACCAGGUACUAUUACUCUUGAUUGUCCAAAUGCAAUUACAUUUGAUGCUAAUGGAUAUCUCUUCAUUGUUGAUAAUUACAACCAUCGAAUUUUUGGUUCUGGACCUUAUGGUUUUCGAUGUUUAUUUGGAUGUACGACUAUACCAGGUUCUGCACCAAGUCAAUUAUAUUAUCCACGGACUUUAGGUUUCGAUAGUUAUGGAAAUCUUUUUGUUGCUGAUCAAUACAACCAUCGAAUUCAUGUAGUAUUUCUUACAAUCAACCUAAAUUUUGUCCAGAUGCAUUAUAGUACUCAAAUGCCUCAACUUUUGCAACAAACACCACCAUUGGUUCACUACCUUAUGGUAUAUUUAUUAAUGAGAUUAAUAAUGUGUUUGUGCCUAGCAGACUUUAUAGAAGUGUGGAGUAACACACCAACAAACAAUAUUUCCAGUUAUUUGGAUAGUACAUUUAGCGUGUUUGUUUCAAUUACUGGUGACAUUUAUAUUGAUAAUGGUUAUUCAAAUGGUCGCGCCGAUAAAUUUAUAUUUAAUACAUCGAAUAUUGUCACGGUUAUGAAUAUUAAUGGAAGUUGUUAUAGUUUAUUCAUUGAUAUUAAAAAUUAUCUUUAUUGUUCUCUUAGAGAUUUUCAUCAAAUCGUUAAGCUCUUACUGAACAAUGGUACAAAUAUUCCAACAGUUGCAGCAGGCAGUGGUUUCGCAGGAUCAGCAUCGAAUAUGCUUGAUUCUCCACAAGGAAUCUAUGUUGAUAGUUAUCAAAAUUUGUACAUAGCAGAUUGCGGUAAUGAUCGAAUUCAACGCUUUCAAUUUGCACAACUCAAUGGUGUGACAUUAGCUGGGAAUGGAGCAUUAGGAACUAUUACACUAGACUGUCCAACUGGUAUUGUUCUUGAUAGUGAUGGAUAUUUAUUUAUUGUAGAUAGCAAUAAUCAUCGCAUUAUUGGAUCAUCAUCCUACGGCUUUCGAUGUUUAGUUGGAUGUUCCGGAGGUAGUUCUUUAUCCAAUCAAUUAUCUUAUCCACAGAGCAUGGCUUUUGACAGUUAUGGAAAUAAGUUUGUUACUGAUCGAAAUAAUAGUCGUGUUCAAAAAUUUAUUCUUCAGAACAACACUUGUACAUUACGAGUUUUCUUUGUUCCAGCUGUACCAACAACCAUUCAAAGCACUAUAGUUUCGACCACAAAUGCUGUUCAAAGUACGGUUACUCUCGCAAUAACUACUAUCGAUACUACGACUCCUCAAAUCACUACAGCUUUAAAAAGUACGCUGGCUUCGAUCACUAGUAAUGUUGAUACUACUGUUGUUUCGAGCACAGCUGACGCUCGAACUACAGAGACUGCAACUACAAGUAUAUUGGCAGUUGCCCAAGCUUCAACAACAAGCUACAUUGAAUCCACUGCAGUCUCGAUCAAAACUACUCUCAUAAUGACUGUUCCUUCGGCGACAAGUACCGCCGAAACCACUGAAGCUCCUACGACUAGCCAUAUUGAAACAACUGAAGCUUCAACGACAAAUAUUCCCACAACUACUAAAAGCCCGGUGAUUAGUACUAUCGAAACCACUGAAACUUCAUCGACAAGUGUUCCCACACCAACUGAAACUCUGGCGACGAGUACUGAAGUAACUACUAAAGGUCCUACGACAAGUGUUUCCAUAACCACUGAAGUUCCAACGAUGAGUACCACCAAAAGUACUGAAAUUCCAACAACAAGUUACAUCAAAACUACUCAAACUUUAAUUACAAGUGCCCCAGAUACUACUAUGGUUUCAACUACCACCGCUAUCGAAACUUCUGAAACGGCAACCACAAGUGUCAUCUUAAGCAGUAUAGAUGCAAGAACAACAACAAUAUUUUCAAUAGGCUGCUUUUCACCCACUGUUAUACUCAUUCCUGGUAAAUCAUCUUUAACAUCUCCAUUAGAAUAUCGACGGAGUCAAGAUUUUUCUAUUAUUUCGAUUAUUCAAUUAAAUUGUCCAGGCUUACUUUCAACAAUUACCACAUGGACAAUUAAGAACUGUAGUACUUCUUGUUCAUAUCAAAUUCAAUUAAAUGAAAAAGUAAUAACAACAUUGAGUGAACUAUAUAUACCAUCAAGAACUCUUAAUUAUGAUAUUUACGAGUUCAAACUAACUGUAACACUAGUUGAUUUACCAAGUUUAACAUCAUCAUCUUCAGCUUAUGUUAGAAUUACUCCAUCAGGUAUAACAGCAAAUCUUGUUCAAUUAGGAACAUCGUUAAUUACACGUGGAAGUCAACAAGAUCUUUUACUCGAUCCUGGAACAUUUUCUGUUGAUCCUGAUGAAGAUUCAUUUGAUGCAAGCAAAUGGAAAUAUGAAUACUACUGUCGACUUUAUGGUUUAUAUAACUUUCCAAACUUGCAAGGUAUAUUACUGAGUAUUGAUGAUAAUCGAACUGAUCCUUCUAAUCCAUCAUGUUUAUCAAAUUGA